AUGACAUUGGAUUAGGCUAAAUAGCUGACUGCUUAAGGGCCUAGUAUGUCAUUCUAAUAGUGACCUUUAACAUGCGCAGUUUGUUUAUUAUUGCUACGGUCACUUUUGCCACUGUACGAUCGACAUCUGCUGCGUGCUCGUGUAAUUGUUGGGAUGGAUCGCGUGGACAACGUGGACAAGGCACCAGCGGACAGUACUCCAGCUCUGCCAAUUCCGGAUACCCAUCCAGUUCGAGCGGCUAUCCAUCCCCCAGCGCAAGCGCACCCGCCGGAUAUCCCUCAUCAGCCAGCAACACUGGAAGCAGUCCUGCCACUGCAUCCUCCCCACCUGGCUACCCACCAGGCUAUCCUUCCGCUGCAUCCUCCCCACCAGGCUACCCUCCAGGCUAUUUUUCCGCAUCCUCCCCAGCAGGCUAUCCGGAUUAUGGCAGCUAUUAUGCCUCUGAUGCAGCCAGCGCCAGUAGGAACGCGGCUGCGAAUACGCCGACGGCAGCGUCUAGCGCCGCGGCUUCAACAUCAAGCAACCCUGCAGCUGCGGCGACCUCCAACGCUCAACCGUCAGCUGCCACCAGCCGCUCCAGCCUGCCCCAGUCCCCACUACAGCUAAUCAGCUACGCUAGUAAUCCGGUACCUGCAGGUCCUAGUCAACCACGUGGCUCGCCAGCGCGGUUGGCAGCGCAAGGAUUGCAGAGGGCGAAUCGCGGGUGAAAAGAGCUAUUUAUAUAAUUUUACUUUUUUAACGUAAACCGACUCUUUCUUUGCUUUCUUGUCUAUCCAAAAGAUGUUAUAAAAUUAGUACUGCGCAUGUGAGUCCUGAAUGUUAUGAAAUUAGUAUAUUCCAUUCAUAUUCAUAUUUCCAUAUGAAUAUGAAACAAAUUAAUAAGCGGUAGAACGUAGAACCAGAAAGUGCAAA